AGUUCGUGAAAUUUAAUGCCUUCCCUCAGGGAAGGCAUUAAUGAGCACGAGUGUACGUCAUUUUCAACAAUAAUUCGUUGAAUCAUAACAAAGAUAUUUUUACCUUUUUAAUUAAAUUAUUAAUUAUUAAUGUUUAAUAAAUGCCGAUUACAGUAGAACAUCAGACUUUAAUGCCCUUCCAAGAUUCUCAACGUAGUUGGACUGACGAUUUACCAGUUUGCAAAAAAUCUGGAAUAGGAUUUUCGACUAAUCAAAUAUAUCGAGAAGACGGUUGUCGACAAGAGGAGCAUCCUUUUGAGGAUCGUAGUUUUCAUUUUCGUUGCGAUGAUUCAACGUUUCUUUAUGGUGUUUUCGAUGGACACGAGGGUACAAAAGCUGCGAGUUUUGCCCUUCAACGAAUGGCCGCUGAAAUAUUAUUGGGACAGUUGAAUGAAAAAAAUAAUGACGAUGAAGUUAGAGAAGUUCUUCGCCAAGCAUUCAUUGCCGUUGAACGUGGAUAUUUAGACUCGAUUGGCGAUAUUUUGGCAGAACGUGCAAGUUUACAGUUCGAUAUUCCGGACGGUCUUAAUUCAUACGAAACGUAUCAAAAAUUUCCACAUUUGGUAGACAAAUUAAAUGCUUUAAAUUGUGAAUUAUCGGCGGGAACAAGUGCGGCGGUGGCAUUAAUUCACAAUGGACGUUUGUAUGUCGCUAAUGUUGGCGACAGUAGAGCUUUAUUGUGCAAAACUGACAGCAAUCAAGUUUUAAGGGUCAUUCAACUCAGUAUUGAUCAUGAUUUAAGGAACGAAGACGAAUUAUUGCGAUUAUCACAACUUGGCCUUGAUGUUAAAUCAAUUCGACAAGGAUCUCAUUUGGGUAACCAGGAGAACACACGUUGCUUAGGAAAUUAUUUAGUAAAAGGAGGUUAUCGGGAAUUUGAGGAAUUAUCCUCAGCUUCUAUCGAGCCAAUAAUUGCCGAACCGGAAAUCCACGGUGGAAUUGAAAUUGAUGAUUCCUGUCGAUUUUUGAUGCUCAUGUCUCGAGGACUCUACAAAGCUUUAGAAGAAGCAACGCGUACCGAACAAGUUAAUAAAGAAAUCGCUCUUAUGGCCGUCGAACAGUUUCGAGUUCAGUCAACAUUAACGGGCGUGGCGCAAGCGGUGGUCGACAAAAUAGUGAGAAUUCAUCACGACAUAAAUAUGAGUCAUUCCCCAAGUGCAUCGACAAGUGGAAAACGCGAGGAUAUAACUUUACUUGUUAGAAAUUUUAAUUUUCCACUUUCAAAUGCACUGAAAAGUCCAACGGCGCCUUCUGUUCGUUUUGAUCCGAUUGUUCAAACAGCACCGGCUCUCAAUAUGGAGGAUCAGCAGGAUGCUUACAGUAUAAAAAGUGAAAUAUCAGAUGAAAAUUAUGACGCAUUUACUGCAACGACAUCAACAACAUCAGAUGUCUAUCCACCGGUUGCAAAUCCAAUGAAUCGUAAUUCCAAAAUUAAACCGUAUGUAGAUUUUUCGGAAUAUUACGAAAAUGUGGAAAAGAGACGCGAGGAGGGCACAUUACCGGAAGGAAUUGACUUUUGAUUUUUGCAGUGUUAUUUUCAUUUCUUUUUUUUUUUUUUGAAAGACUGAAAUAAUUUUAAUUUUAUUCGAGGGAAUGUUGAAUGUUUUAAUUGUAUAUUUUUUAGCAGAUUUUUUUUAAUCACGAACUUUUAAUGAAAUGAAUAAUAAUCCAUGAUGAUUAAAUUUUGGAAUUUUUGAAACUAUUUUUGUUAAUAAAUUUGAUCUUUUUGAUUAAAAAAAGGUACUUUUUUGUACUUUAAUUUCUACUCUAGUCACUUCUCUUUCUAUAAUUUUUAGUAAUUUAAAAAAAUUAAAGUCGGUUCGAUUUUAGAGUCUAUAAAAUUGAAACUUUUGCACAACUCUAAAAAAAAAAGUUAUUUUAAAAGUUUGAUUUUUACGAAUUGAAAAAAAAUCGCCCCUUGAAAAUAU